AUGCAGAGCCGCGGUGUGCUGAGAAGUUCGGCCGGACUGUCCGCGGUGCGCUCCUGCCUGCUGCUGCUCUUCAUCCACAUGAGCGCACCGGUGGAGGCGAGGAGAGUGCGCGGCGGUCGGGCGCAAACUCGGCGUGUUCAGCAGCAGCAGCAGCAGCAACAGCAGCCGCCGCCGCCUUCUCCGGCGUACAGGGAGCGGGUGGAAGGAGCAGAGAGCUUCCCGUUAGACUUCACAGCCGUGGAAGGCAACAUGGACAACUUCAUGGUGCAGAUUAAGAACUUGGCGCAGUCGCUGUAUCCGUGCUCUGCGCAAAAGCUGGACCAAGACAUGAAGCUGCACUUUUUGAAGAAUGUAUCUGUGACUUGCAAUGACGGGUCACCUGCAGGGUACUACAUCAAGGAGUCCAAAGGCAGCAGGAGGUGGCUGCUGUUCUUGGAAGGUGGAUGGUACUGUUUCAACAGACAGACCUGUGACAGCAGGUAUGAGACCAUGAGGAGACUGAUGAGCUCCACCAAGUGGCCGCAAACCAGAACAGGAACAGGAAUUUUGUCUCCGCAGCCGGAGGAGAACCCUCACUGGUGGAACGCUAACAUGGUGUUCAUCCCAUACUGCUCCAGUGACGUGUGGAGUGGAGUCAGCCCGAAGACAGAAAACAGUGAUUAUGCGUUCAUGGGCUCUCUGAUCAUCAAGGAGGUGGUGAAUGAGCUGCUGACAAAAGGUCUGGACAAAGCCAAGGUUCUGCUUCUGGCAGGCAGCAGUGCCGGCGGUACAGGCGUCCUCCUGAACGUGGACCACGUCGCAGAGCAGCUGGAGUCGCAGGGCCACGGAGGGGUGCAGGUCAGAGGCCUCGCCGACUCCGGAUGGUUCCUGGACAACAAACAGUACAAAUUCACCGACUGCCUGGACACCAUCAGCUGCGCCCCCACCGAGGCCAUAAAGAGAGGCAUCAGGUACUGGGGCGGGCUGGUGCCAGAAAGCUGCAGACAGGCUCAUGUGGGAGAAGAGUGGAACUGUUUCUUUGGAUAUAAACUCUUCCCCACAUUGAAAAGCCCGUUGUUCGUAGUCCAGUGGCUGUUUGACGAAGCCCAGCUGACGGUCGACAACAUCCAUCUGACCGGACAACCCGUCCACGAAGGCCAGUGGAGAUACAUCCAGAACCUGGGACAGGAGCUGAGGAACACACUGCGAGACGUACCGGCGAUGUUUGCUCCAGCAUGUCUGUCUCAUGAACUCAUCACUAGAACGUACUGGAUGGACAUUCAGGUUAAAGGCACCUCCCUGCCCAGAGCGCUGCACUGCUGGGACCGCAGCCUCCAGGACAACCUCCACGCCAGCAACAGCAGCAACAGCAGCCAUAGCAACCACAACCACCAAAAGCACAACAAGACCCCUCCAGCUAGAGGUUGCCCCCUGCAUCUGAUCGACAGCUGCCCCUGGCCACACUGCAACCCCUCCUGCCCGACCAUUCGAGACCAGCUGACCGGGCAAGAGAUGAGCGUGAUUCAGUUCCUGAAGCACAUGGGCUUCGACGUGCAGAAGAUGGCUCAGCAGCAGGGCAUGGACGCCAGGAAGCUACUGGGCAUGCUCAAUAAUGGAAACUGAUGCUAAAAAAGAACAACUGCUGGUGUAGUGUCAGUAAGCCGUUCUGCACGAAAAGCUGAUCAUAAGUGGAAGACAAGAGAUAUGUGGGAACAAAACUCUGAUAAGACUUAAGGUCUUCCUUCAAACGACAUAAAAACCUACUGAAAAACGACUCAAAAACUCACAAGUGCCUCAUGAGUUCUGAAGACAAGUCAAAUACAAUCAAACCAGCAAGUUUGAGCUGUUUAAAUAUGAUAUACGGAAUCACUUCAGAUCAGCGUAAGAUAUACAGAUAUGCUAUUAUUCUGAGAAGCUGGACCUGUUUAUUUACACCGAUCAGCCACAACAUUAAAACAACCUGCUUCAUACUGUGUAGGUUCCCCUUGUGCUGCCGGGGAAUGUCAUAUCAGUCAUCACGGUGAAAAGAAAACUACUUGUACAUGCUGUUAAACUGUCCUCUUGUCAAUGAUCAAACUCAGUCUACAAUCUGCAGUUAUAUUGAAAUGACAUUUAAGUAGUUUAUGAUAGCAUUGGACAAAUCCAAAAGCAAAAAUGGUUGGUUAAAAUGUGACAGUGAGGCCUAUUGCAAACAUUACUCAGAAUACCUGCACAGAUUGUAAGAUAAUGUGGGACGGUAACUGGCAACACUGCAGGCAUAUUAAAUCCAUCCAUUAUCUAUACACCGCUUAAUCCUUACUAGGGUCAUGGGGGGCUGGAGUCUAUCCCAGC